UCGUUAGGUAUUUUGACAGUUCGCAGAACAACAACAAAUCCAAAACACAAAGUUAUAAAAAUUUACAGCUCAUAAAAUUACAAAAAAUAAGGUUUAUUCCUGAUCUUUUUCACCACGAUCUGAUUGCAAAGAUGCACGAAGCUUACGUGCUAUAUCCACCGGAGAAAAUCCAGGUGCAGAUAGAGUCUAUGACGGCGUUCGAGAACAAGUUGAUUCUCGGAACCCGUCAGGGACAUCUACUGAUGUAUGCGUUCGAACCCAACCCGGAAACGAGCAAACUGGAAAUGCAGCUUCUGCAAUACGACAAAAACUUCAGCAAAAAACCAAUCACCCAAGUGGAAGCCAUUCCCGAGUACAAACUCAUUUUCAGCCUGUCGGACGGAGUUGUCAACGUGAACGACUACAGUCGGCAUGGGUUUCCACUGAUUCACACAGCACAGAAGACGAAGGGUGCCUCUGUCUUUGCUCUGGAUGUUGUGAAAUCGAAAUCCUUAACCGGUGAAUUGGCAUUAGUUUGUCGUUUGUGUGUAGCAGUGAAACGUAAAAUUCAGUGCUAUUAUUGGAAGCAUAACCAUCUGAUGGAUUUCAAUAAGAAUAUCGACCUGAACGAUGUUCCGAAAACAAUCGCGUGGAACAAUAAUUGCAUUUGCGUGGGGUUUAAAACUGAGUACGUGAUCUACGAUAUAUCGGAAGAACCGCGUAGAAUCGACCUGUUUCCAACGAGUUCGUCAAAGUCGAUCGAACCAUGCAUCUCGUUGAUAGAGGACGGCGUUUUUGCGGUCGCCAAAGAUGAGUAUCUUGUCACGGUCUACACAGAGAAGUGCACAAACAACGGCAAGGACAAAUCAUCCAACAUGGUGAAGCAGGAUGCAUCCUUGCUGACAACGAAGGAUACGCGCAAUUUGAAGUCGUUGAGCUGGAGCGAACCAUUCCAGGGACUGGUUUGGGAUGAACCGUUCAUCGUCGGGCUGGUGACCGAUGGGGUGGAGGUUCGCGUUUUCGACAACGUGGACAUGUCGGACAAGGGAACAUUGAUCCAGACCAUUCCGCAACUGCACAAGGCACGGUUCUUAGUUCGCGGUAAGCAGGGCCUUUUGUAUGCGGCGUCAGUAUCGCAUUUGUGGCGUAUUCAGGCGGUGGAAGUAUCUAAACAGCGAGAGCAUUUGCUGCAGGAGGAAAAUUUCCAUUUGGCGUUGCAGUUGACGAACAUCUCUGACGAAAGUCCGGAGUUCAAAGCAACCAAAAUCAACGAAAUUCAGACGCGCCAUGCCUAUAAUCUAUUUGUGAACAAAUGUUUCCGUGAGUCGAUGAAGGAAUUCUCCAAAUUAAACACCGAUCCCAUCGACGUGAUAAGACUGUUCCCAGAUCUACUGCCGGACAGUGGCAAGAAUAAGCUUAGUUCAUAUUCCAAAAAGCCGGCACCGAUUCUCGAUGAGAAAGACAUCGAGAAUGGACUAUUGGCAUUGAUCGAUUACCUCACCGAGAUUCGAUUCAAUCUCCGUCAGGAUCUGAUGAAGAAAGCUGAACCGAAGUUCUCCGCUGGAAAGAAUGCUUCCGCGUUGCUAUCGAUUAUUGACACCACGUUGCUCAAGUGUUAUUUGCAGACAAACGACUCUAUGGUCGCGUCGGUGUUGCGUAUGAACUAUUGCUAUCUUGAGGAAUCCGAACGGGUGUUGAAGAAGUACGAUAAGUACGUUGAACUGAUUAUUCUCUACCAGACUAAGGGUCAACACAAACGGGCGCUGCAGCUUCUGCAAGCUCAAGCUGAAAUGCCAGGAUCGCCUCUCUGCGGCUAUGAUCGCACCAUUCAGUAUCUGCAGCAUCUGGGAAACGAACACAAGAGUCUCAUAUUCGAAUUUGCUGGAUGGGUGCUGGAGAAGCAACCGGACGAUGGAUUGAAGAUUUUUAUUGAGGACAUCCCUGAAGUGGAAAAUCUACCGAGGGCUGAAGUUUUGGAUUUUCUGCUGAAGGAUCACAAAGAACUAGUCAUUCGGUAUCUGGAACAUAUUAUCAAUGUAUGGAAUGAGGAUAAAGCUCUGUUUCACAAUAUUUUGAUUCAACAGUAUCGAGAGAAGCUAAUCGCAUUGAAGAACGACACGGAUGUAGAGAAUGAUGUCCAGAAGAAAACAGCGCGAGAUACGAUCAACAACAAGUUACUUACAUUCCUGAAGAAAUCCAAGCUCUAUCACGCUGAGAAAGUAUUGGGUGAUUUUCCAUACGUCGAUCUAUUCGAGGCGCGUGCCACCAUUCUUGGGCGUCUGGGCAAGCACGAGAAAGUGCUGGCUAUAUUCGUUCAAAUUCUCGGUGACUUUGACAAAGCUAUCGAGUACUGCGAUCAGAUGUACGACGCCGACGAUCCAAAGAGCUGUGACGUCUACGUCACCCUGAUCAAGACGAUUCUCACGCCACCGACGAGUCCACCGUACAGUGACGUUGUGCUGCACCCCCGGUGCCUAAAGCCGGAUGUUGAAACUGUAUUGGCCAUCAUGGAAACUAACGCGACAAAAAUUAACCCAUGUGCGGUGCUCCAAAUCCUACCGGAUGACAUUCCACUGCAGUCGAUCAAAAACUUUCUGGAGAUUGCUCUGAAUCAUCAUCUGGAGAAGAAACGGAAGACGCAGAUAUUGAAGGGGUUGUUCUAUGCUGAACAUCUACAGACGCACGAACAGAAGAUUCACUACGAGUCGAAGCUCUUCCUGGUAACGGAGCUGAGCGUGUGCCCGGUGUGUAAGAAGAAGUUCAGCUACCAAAGCGCAUUCGUGCGAACAGCGGAGGGUAAUAUAGUGCAUUACUCAUGCCAGGAUAAGAUUUGAACAAUUUAUACCCAUAUUACUGAUUCAUUAUUAAAUAUAUACUCGAAUUACUGAAAA